AUGCUUUAUCUUGGUGACCUUGCUGCACCAAUUUGGGACAGUGUGUUUGCACAUAUCUUUGGAGACAAAAUUUGGGCGAAGUGGUCACAACACUUCCUGCGCACCGCACUCCGAGCUCAUCCACCGACUCGUUACUUGUCUGCUAAAUACGGUUCAUUCCAGCUCAUUACGACUCCGAACAAGUUCUAUGUUGCAAUCAUCGCUACGAUGAGCAAUUCUCUCUUCUCACAAUUAAUGUUCGACCCUGUUGUUGAUGCCUCCCUUUCGACAAAUCUGCAGCAACUCAGUCUAGGUGGCCGAUGCAUGAUAGAGAAUCUGCCCAACGAAGUACUUCACAACGUGCUAAGCGAGCUUCCGGUCACGGACCUCAAGGCCUUUCGACUAACAAGUAAGAAACUUACGAGAGCACCUAUCGAGCACAUUUUCAGACAUAUCCGAAUCACGAUACAUCCUCGAAGCAUCUUCAACAUUGGGGAAAUUGCAGCUAAUGGGGAGGUACGAAAAUUUGUUCGCAAGUUAACCUUUGAUCUGAGGAUGCUAUGGGAAGCGGUAAUACCGCUAGAGACCUGGCCUGACGUCUGCGUGCGAGCCGGCAAGCGAUCGUGUCCGGACUUGGGGAGAAUUGGCAGCGCCAAUUAUGACAGUUACGUUGAAUACGUUAAAGGUCAAAAUGAAGUCGCUAGAUCUGGUAUGGGGAGGGUCUGCUCUUUCUUCGAGGAUUUGACGAACAUACAACACCUGGAAUUGACUGGUGGGACUGAUCACGGCGCUAUGAUACCUACCACACAGGAUUACAUCGACUUCAAAACCACCUGGCCGAGACUUGGCGUCGCUCCACACAGGAAGGGAAAUAGAAACGCAGAAGUUCACGUUGACAGGGUGUUGACAGCAGCUUUGAACAGCAAAAACUCUCUCACCUCUGUGUUUCUCGUUGGUGUCGAAGUAGAUUUUGUUUGCUGCACCACGCCAGACCGGCAGGCACAAUGGCACCACGGACUCAGACCCGUACGACAUCUCAAGCUGCACCUGUGUAUGCCCAACCCAAAACCGGGCAUAUUGGAAAUCUCCAAUGAUGCGGCGCUUCUAGCGGGCGACUAUGCACAAUUCCUUACCAGUCCGGCAAGAUUGGAAACGCUGGAUUUUGCACUAUUUGUUGAGCCACCACAAACAAGGAAUGAGAUGCCAUGGACUUCUUAUGGGUACGAGAAAGACCUUUUCAACGCGAUACUUGCACGGCCGUCUUUCAUGCAACACAUGAAGAAAUUGAGAUUGGCCGAGUUUGUCUUCUCGCCGAACGACUUCAUUACUCUGCUGUCCCACAACACAGCACGGACGCUCAAAUCUCUCACAUUUCACAAAAUCCAUCUUAGCGAGGGAUCCUGGCUGGUUUUUCUACGGCAGCUUGCUGUCGCUGCCGAACUCGAUCAUUUCUCUCUCUCCGGUUGGAUUUCCAGCCAGCACGAAGGAUGGAAUGUUCUCACUCAGGAAGAAGCAGCUACCUAUUAUGGAAGGAAAGAUGAGAGGCUGCACCCAUGGGAUCGUGACAUCUGGGACUACAACCCGGACUGUUUGGUGACGUGCGAGGCGUUCAAAGAUUGGAACGACCAAAUUGAAGCGCUUGAGGAAAAGUGGUGCAUUCGCUCCCAAAUUGAAGAUUGGGUAGUCAGUGCUGGUGGUACUCGCCGUGAUUUGAGCAACAAGGGUGAUGAUCCGACCAAAUGGGCUGGGUGGUCAUGUGACCACAGCGAUUUUCUGACUUCUUCGCACCACCCUUCCAAGUCCUGGCACGAUGACGGCUUUCCCCUCAUGCAGGGUUAUCUCCCCACCUGUGCCGUGCACCAUGCACCCUCAAUCGAGCGUCAGAAGCAAUACCACUACGAGAGCCGCUGGAGGACCCGCUUAAAUCGAGAUUUCUCCUUUGUAUGGGCUGAAGAGCUGAUGCGUUCUGUUCGUGAGGGUGGGAGAAGCUGGCAACCUUGCCCAGAAGCAGGAAGUGAGACGGUGUGGAAUGCGAGGACGAGAUUCUGUCCAGAUGUGCUGGCAGAGGACGAAUUUGUGGUAGACGAGGAGAUGGUGUACGAGGAUAGGGAGGAGGAGUUUGUGGUUGUAGGUGAUCAUUUCAUUGCUGAGAGGCUGGAAGACGAAUAG